GAAGAGAUUUUGCAGGGAAAUGGAUAGAUGGAGAAUAGAGUUUAAAUUACAGAGCUGACAGCUGAUGAAAGAUUAACAUGUCCUUUCUGGCUUCCCUCCCCUCUUUCUCAGCCCUCUUUUCUCAUCCCUCGUUUCUCCUCUCCUUUUAGUGAAACGGAGAGAUGGAGGUAUGUAGGAGUAAGGCGGCGCAAAUAUAUAAUUUCCACUCGCUGUAGGAACUGCCAUGUCAUUUCAACACUGUAUAAUUUCACUAACAAAAGGCUAAAAAGCACAAUUCAGAUUCAAAUGUAGUACGCAAACAAAAGCAUCCAAAUGCUGUGACAAGAGGUCAUGAUUUCUUUCCUUGCCUUUAUGAAGCACAAUUAGCUAUUUUCACGCUUGUUACGUAGCAACUUCCUCAUUGGCCGAUUGUGCAUUCCAACUUCCGGUGAACUGUCAUACUGUCGUUUCUGUGUAUACGGAGGUAAACAAUGUUCGCCUAUUCAAGUUUUUUGGGAAAUCUGCCAAGGUUGUCUUUUGCAGACGUUCAUCGUCUGGUGAACCGUCACUCGACAACACCCCGCUCCAAACUGGACAAGGGAUACAGCUUGUUUUUUGAGAAAUUCAUUCACGACUAUGAAGUUUCCAACGUCAUUGACAGGGAGGUUGCUGUCAGGUCUAGGUGUUACAGGUCAAUGAGGAAGCGAGAACAGCCCCAUUAUUUGCAGAUUGUUUUCCAAGCUGAAGCUCCAGAACUGCAAGGAACAUCAUGCAGCUGUACAGCAGGGAAGGUCCUCUGCAACCACCUUGUGGCCUUGCUAUUCCAGUCGGCCCAUUACUGCAUGUUGAAGGUGACAGCUGUACCACCACCUGUGCCCUGCACAAGCUCCCUUCAAGCAUGGCAUCGGCCUAGGACCAUGGGGAUCCAUGCAGAACCGGUUCAGGACUUGGUAGUCAGGAAGCCAAAGCCAUCCACCAGGAGCGUGUGCAAAUCAACACUCUAUCAAGCAUACACUGGACCCCUGCCUGAUCCCAACAUGCUGGCUAUUGGGGAGAAGCUCACAAACAUCAGGCCGCAACCACUGAUCUCGUCUGUGCUGCACGGCCUAUCGCAGCUGUCGAUGGUAGACUCCAAGUUCGGACCUGUGCCACGAGGAUCACCCCUGUCAUACCAGUGUCCUCCUGUGGUCAAAUGUGGGGAUUACAUCCAGCACCCAGAGGCACCAGCAUUCCCGAAUCUGCCCUUAGAGGACUCAACAUUUCCCACCCAAAUUCCACAAUUUGAAAAAAACUCAAUCCAAAUUUUGCAUUUCGACACCUUAACUGUUACAUAUAAUAUGGCAAGUGACAUAGAGAAGCAGACAAGAGAACAGUCUGAGUGCCCACUAUGGCAAGCUCUACGAAAGCCGAGAGUAACAGCAAGUAGAUUUUAUGAGGUUAGCCACGUCAGAGGGGUGUCCUCUGGUGAGUCCCUGGCAUUGAGAAUACUUAAGGGCACUCGCCAGACUCCUGCCAUGAAGAGGGGGCUGGAGCGGGAGCCACAGGUGCUGGAGCACUAUGCACAGGUGUGCAAUGUCAAUGUGGGUCGCUGUGGGUUAGUCAUUCACCCUCAAGCUCCUCACCUGGGGGCUAGCCCUGAUGCAAGGGUAUAUGACCCAAAUGAAAUUCCAUGUUUUGGCCUUGCUGAGGUGAAAUGCCCAGCCAUUUCAAACAUCACACAGGCAGGACAUGUAAAAAUUACUAAUGGGAAGGCGAAACUUAAAAGAAACCACAAGUACUACUGGCAGGUUCAAGGCCAACUUGCAGUAACUGGCUUGAGUUGGUGCGAUUUCAUUACGGAUACAGAGGAGGACUUAACCAUUGAAAGAGUGUGGAGGGAUGAUGAAUUGAUUGGAGAGAUGAAGGAGAAGGUGGACGUGUACUUUUUUGGUACAUUCAUGAAUGUUUAUCUUUUGCCCAAAGAAGUGUAAUUAACCAAAUGAUUAUUGAAAGAAUUCAUGAAUAAAUGAAGUGCACGACUAAAGGUUUCCAUGAUUUCCUCGUUCGAGUACGCAAGUA